UACCUUUUCGGAGCUACUCGCUGCUCUGUUACUGAAGUGGUGGCGAGCUGUGUCUAUUUGAGAUGGAGAAGAUAAUGAAUUCAUGGACUUUGGAUCUUCCUUUUGCUCAGGAACCUUCGGCCUUCAACUGAGAAGCUAAAUUUGCUGUACUGGCUCAGCUAUGACUGAUUAGGGUUCUGGAUUAUGGUGUGAAUGUAAACGAGCUUUUGUAGAGCGAGAUGAACGUGAGCCGGCCGGCUGUGCAUCCAGUGGAGGUGCCACCGGUAACGGAAGGAGCGGUGCACAAUGCGCCGAGAGGGAGGAUGAAAGAUGUGCAGGGCAUGCCUGGUACACUUGGUGGACUUGCUCUCCGUCUUCUUCAGUUCAUAUUUGCUGCAGUUUCUCUUUGUGUUAUGGCCACUACCAGUGAUUUUCCCUCCGUCACGGCGUUUCGAUAUCUUGUUGCUUCUGUUGGAUUACAAUGCUUGUGGAGCUUUUCAUUGGCAAUAGUUGAUGCAUAUGCCUUAUUAGUUAGGCGAAGCUUGCGGAACUGCACAAUGGUUGGUUUGUUCAUUGUCGGUGAUGCGGUGACAUCCACCCUUACAUUUUCUGCUGCAUGUUCAUCAGCUGGGAUUACUGUUCUCAUAGGCAAUGAUCUUGACAAGUGUGGCCUGAACCACUGUGCACAGUUCGAGUCCGCCACUGCAAUGGCCUUCAUUAGCUGGUUUGCUGUUUCACCUUCAUUUCUUUUGAACUUUUGGUCAUUGGCUUCCCGGAAUCGACUAAUCUGAAGCAAAUUGGAGAGUUUCAAAAGAAUCGAGAUUAAAAGGAGCCAAUUGGACUUAGUAGAAGAUGAAGAUCAAACAUGAUAGCGUCUCAAUGCUCGUGCUGAAAACUUUCAAGCCAAAUCAUCUGUGUAGGUACCGUCUCGACGCUGGAGUAAUUUCCUCGACUCUCUUGCUCAACGCUCUCAGGGUCUAAACGCUCUAAACAUGUGCAUGCUCCCCCUUUCAUAACAACGUCAUGACCCUACCUUGCCUAGCUUACUAGUUAUUUUUUUGUUUAUAUAUAAUUUAUAAGGGCAACGAUUUAAUGCUAGCAUGAUCCAUAUAAAUUUCUCGCUUUCUCUAGAGCAAAUAAAUCUCAUGUUUUAUAUUUAGAUUCUUAGAUACUUUUUGAGAAUUUUUGUUUGACUAUUCCAUGAACUUUUGUAAUAAUCAAACCAUGUCGAAUUUUCGCUUAUAUUACAUGGUGAAUGACCAAAGUUAGUGUUAUUGAUUUAAG